AAUGUGGAGCUUGCGCGCAAUCUCUCGUCUGUUCAUUCUGCUGCUGCUUCACUCGGUGCCUUUAGUCUCUGCUCGACGAUCAAACAGAACCACUUGGAAGACACUCAGCGGAAGUCCACCAGUAGUCAUAGCACGUGGGGGUUUUUCAGGUCUAUUUCCUGAUUCUAGCGUGGUUGCCUAUAAGUUUGCAUUGGCAACCAGUAAACGAAAUGUCGUUCUGUGGUGUGAUGUCCAAUUAACAAAAGAUGGAGCUGGGAUUUGUCUUCCAGACAUCAAGCUGGACAAUGCUACAAACAUUGCUCAGGUUUUCCCAAAUAAAGCUACAAAUUAUGCAGUCAAUGGUAUACCAACCCGUGGGUAUUUUUCGGUGGAUUACCCUCUGAAGGAUCUGUCCAAAGUCGUGCUUGUUCAAGGAGUCCUGUCUCGUACUCCAAGGUUUGAUGGCAAUGGGUUUCCAAUUCUUACUGUUGAAGACAUGGUUAAACAAGUCAGCCCACCAGCCUUGUGGUUGAAUAUUCAGCAUGAUGCAUUCUUCACACAACACAAAUUGAGCAUGAGAAGCUUCAUACUCUCUGUUUCUAGAAGAGUAGUUAUCACUUAUAUCUCAUCGACGGAGGUUAAGUUCCUGAGAAGUAUAGCAACACAAUUCAACCGCAGAACAACAAAACUGGUUUUCAGGUUUCUGAGACAGGAAGACACAGAACCGUCAACCAAUCAGACUUAUGGUUCACUCUUGAAAAAUAUUACGUUUAUAAAGUCAUUUGCUUCUGGUAUUAUUGUUCCCAAAGAGUACAUAUGGCCAGUAGACGCAAGAAAUUAUCUGAAGUCACAUAACUCUUUGGUCUUGGAUGCUCAAAAAGAGGGAUUGGAAGUCUUUGCUUCAGAUUUUGUGAGCGACGUUCCACUAAGCUUCAAUUACAGUUAUGAUCCUCUUGCUGAAUACCUCCAAUUCAUCGAUAACGGUGACUUUUCUGUCGAUGGCAUGCUGUCUGACUUCCCUAUAACCACAUCUGAAGCCAUUGGUAUAUGCUUUGCUGACCUAGGCGAAAAUGCCACAGAAAGAGGUAUAUACUUGGUCAUCUCUAAAUAUGGAGCAAGCGGAGACUAUCCUGCGUGUACGGACUUGGCAUAUAAAAUGGCCAUAACGGAUGGUGCGGAUGUUCUUGACUGUCCUGUUCAAAUGUCAAAGGAUGGAAUACCAUUUUGCUUGAGCUCUAUCGAUCUUAUGGAAAGUACAACAGCCGCUCAAUCGAAUUUCAGAAAUAUGACGACAACUAUCCCAGAGAUCAAGUCUGGCAGUGGCAUAUUUGCAUUCAACUUGUCAUGGAAUAAUAUAAAAACCCUGAAACCCUCAAUAUUGAAUCCCUAUGUAAAAUACGGAAUGUUGCGGAAUCCAAAUAACAAGAAUGCUGGGAAUCUUGUAACAUUAUCAGAUUUCUUGUCCAUUACAAAGAAUCAGACGUCUCUAUCCGGUAUCAUGAUUAUUAUUGAGAAUGCCGCCUAUCUUGCGGAGAAGCAAGGAUUAAGCGUGACUGAUGCAGUCAUUGAUACCUUGAGCAAAUCAGGUUAUGAAAAGUCAGGGGGCCAUAAGGUUAUGAUUCAGUCCACUAAUAGCUCUGUGCAAGAAUUUAAAGAGAAAACACAAUAUGAGCUUAUGUACAAAAUUGACGAAGACGUUGGUAAUGCUGUUGAUUCAGCUGUUGAGGAUAUAAAGAACGUUGCCGAUUCUGUGGUUGUCCAGAAGACAUCUGUAUUUCCUCUCAAUUCAAAAAUUCCUGAUUGGCUCUACGAGGAUCGUGUCAAGCUAAAAUCCUUCAACCUCUCUGUUUAUGUAGAAAGCUUCAGCAAUGAGUUUACUUCUCAAGCAUGGGAUUUCUUCUCAGAUGCAACCGUUGAGAUCAACUCAUUUGUUCGUGGAGGAUAUGAUGGUGUCAUCACAGACUUCCCCAAGACAGCUAAUAGAUACAGAA